GACAUCAUUCCGCGCGCUGCGUCGUUUUGUAUUACUUCCUUCCCGUCGUUUCUGGGGCGCCCGUCUUGCUUUGGUACUUCGAUCCGUGACAUCAAACAACCUCAUGCCGCACCGUUGGCACGCUAUUUAAGGCUCGCGGUGCCGCCGUUUCGAUACCCAAGCUCACUCGCCGCGCGAGCUCCCUCCGCUGUCCACAGCCGUUCCCCCCAGCCCGCGAGCAUGGCGCCCCUGGAGUUCCACGAGCUCCGCCGCGGCAAGUACGCCAAACUCGACGCCCCCGUCGACGACGAAUCCCCCUCGCGCCUGUCCUUCGCUUCCGACGCCUCGUCCUUCGAAGACCUCGAAGAGUACGACCCGCUCAACUACGAUGCGGGCACCCUCAAGCGCAAGAAGAGCACUGGCGACCUGCGCACGCGCAAGCCCUCGUUCAAGAAAGAAGCCGACGGGUUUGCGCUCAGACCGAAGCCCGGCAGGAGCUGUGGGAUUCGGCAGUGGUGCUGCUGGCUGCUGAUCUUCGUGACGUCGGUUGUUCUGCUGUUUACCGCGGGGGGUCUGUGGGCGUACAGGAGGACGCUGGUCAAGGAUGGCAUGAGCCCACCGUGGUACCCCACGCCCAAAGGAGGCGCGGAUGCAGCUUGGCAACAAAGCUACAGCAAGGCAGCCGACAUGGUGCGCCAGAUGACGCUUGUGGAGAAGGUCAACAUCACGACGGGCGUGGGGUGGAGCAUGGGCAUGUGCGUGGGCAACACGGGGCCUGUACAGCGGCUGAAGUUCCCCUCGCUGUGCCUCCAGGACGGCCCGCUCGGGAUACGGUUCGCCGACAACAUCACGGCCUUCCCCGCAGGCAUCACAGUGGGCGCGACGUGGAACAAGGAGUUGAUGUACUUGAGGGGCAAGGCACACGGAGAGGAGGCGCGAUUAAAGGGUGUCAACGUGCUACUCGGACCUGCGAUGGGACCUCUGGGACGAAUGCCGGCAGGUGGGCGCAAUUGGGAAGGAUUCGGCUCAGAUCCAGUCCUGCAGGGCGUCGCAGCCGCGCAGACGAUCAAGGGCAUUCAGGACGCGGGCGUCAUAGCUACGGCGAAACACUUUAUCCUCAACGAGCAGGAGCACUUCCGGCAGGCGUGGGAAUGGGGUCUUCCAAAUGCCAUCUCGAGUAACAUCGACGAUCGGGCGUUGCACGAGAUCUACGCGUGGCCCUUCGCUGAGUCUGUCAAGGCUGGUGUGGGUUCCGUCAUGUGCUCGUAUAAUCAGGUUAACAACAGCUACGCUUGCCAGAACAGCAAGCUCAUGAACGGCAUUCUCAAAGACGAACUUGGCUUCCAAGGCUUCGUCCAGAGCGACUGGCUUGCUCAGCGAUCGGGUGUCGCAGCCGCCCUUGCUGGCUUAGACAUGUCCAUGCCUGGCGAUGGCCUCAAGUGGGCUGACGGUGACAGCUUGUGGGGUGCUCAGCUCACAAAGGCCGUUCUGAACGGAAGCGUACCCAUCGAUCGUGUGGAUGACAUGGUGACCCGCAUAGUCGCUGCGUGGUACCAGGUUGGCCAGGACAAGUGGCCUGAGGACGGUCCCAACUUCUCUUCUUGGACGAACGAUGAGAUUGGCAAGAUUUACGAAGGAAGUCCUUCGGAUGACACCAAGGGGGUCGUUAACAAGUUCGUUAAUGCUCAAGGCGAAGGCGAAGACUUCCAUGGAAACCUCGUCCGAAAAGUUGCCGCAGAGGGCACGGUGCUUCUCAAGAACGAAGGCCACUUGCUACCCCUGAGUCGCGAUGGGUGGCAAGAGCAUGAGAAGAAGACCGACAAAUACCGGGUUGGGAUCUUUGGCGAGGAUGCGCGUCUCAGCCGCGACGGUAUCAACAGUUGCCCCGAUCAAAGCUGUAACGAUGGCACGUUGGCUUCUGGCUGGGGCAGUGGUGCUGUCGAUUAUCCUUACCUUGUCGAUCCUCUCUCGGCGUUGCGCAAGGCGUUCAAUAACGAGUCUGUGUACGUGACGGACUGGCCAGAGAACACGCUGCCGAAGGAGAAGGAGAUCGUUGAAGAUCAAGAUCUCUGCAUUGUGUUUGCCAACGCUCACGGAGGAGAGGGAUACUUGAAGUGGUCAGAUGUUCAUGGUGACCGCAAUGACCUUAAUCUCCAGAAGGGCGGCGACAAACUCAUCCAGGACGUCGCCAAAGACUGUGGGAAGGGCAAAGGAGACGUCAUCGUAGUCAUCCACGCCAUCGGCCCUGUCAUCAUGGAGAAGUUCAUCUCCCUCCCCUCGGUCAAAGCCGUCGUCCUCGCCAACCUCCCCGGCCAAGAAUCCGGCAACGCCCUCGUAGACGUCCUCUUCGGCGAUGUGAACCCCUCCGGCCGUCUCCCCUACACUAUCGCCAAAAAAGAAGAAGACUACGGUCCAGGCAGCAGGAUCAAAUACCUGCCCAACCCCGUCGAAGGCCUCACGCCCCAACAGAAUUUCUCUGAGGGGCUAUAUAUUGACUACCGCCACUUCGACAAGUACGACAUCGCGCCCCGCUACGAAUUCGGGCAUGGCCUAUCCUAUACCACGUUCCACCUCUCCUCGCUCCUCAUCUCCAGCCACGGGGGGAGAUCGCCCUACCCGGCCCCACGUCCAGACCCGACCAUCGUACCGCCUACAUACCCGACCACUAUCCCGGAUCCCAGCUCCGCACUCUUACCACCCGGCUUCCACAAGAUCGAGAAGUACAUCUACCCGUACAUCUCCUCGACCUCGUCCGUUCAAAAAUCGCAACCAAAGAUUCUGGCAAAUCAACUCCAGUCUCCCUUAUCUCCGGCCGGCGGCGGCCCCGGCGGUAAUCCGGAUCUCUACAGUGUGCUCUUCACCGUCUCCUGCGUGCUGACCAACAUCGGCCUGCUACCCGGGUCCGCAGUCGUUCAGCUGUACCUUUCCUUCCCCGCCGACUCUAAACACCCCGAGACGGGCGAGAAGGUCGACUUCCCUGUCCGCGUACUCCGCGGCUUUGAAAAAGUGUUUGUGGAUGUGGAGAAGGGGGGGGUGGUGAAGGGGGUCAAGGGGAGUACGCAUGGCGGGAAGGGCGGCAAUAGGGUUAAAGUGGAGUUUGAGGUCACGAGGAAGGAUGUCAGUUAUUGGGAUGUGCAGGCACAGAAUUGGGUCAUCCCCGAGGGCACGUUCGGGGUGGGGGUGGGGUGGAGCAGUAGGGAUCUGCCGCUGAAGGGGACGUGGUAGGGUGAAGGGUGACAGGACGAAUGCAUAGGAAGGCGUUUUGGUGUUUUCUUUUUCUUUUGUCGAGCCUAGAGACGUAUACCACUACACUUUUUUUUUUACAUCCUUUUCUGUUGCGGGCGAAGGUGGAGGGGAGUUGGAGGUCUACACACAUGUACAACCGCCUUGAUAUAGAGAC